AUGGACUCUUGUGCUUUCUUUGGAACCGUUUCAGAGGUGUAUGACAGUUGGGAACGAGUCAAGCGCAUUCCAGACUAUGAGGAAACUGUGGGGAUUGCCCUAUUCGACCGCAUGUUCGAAGUUGCACCUGAUCAAUGGGGCAAUGUCUUCAACUGGACCAGGGACGACUUCCAGAACAAAGACGAAAAGUUUCUCGGUUUUGCAAAUAAAUUUGUCCGGAUGCUGGACCUUGCAGUUCACAUGCUUGGGCCAGAUCUUGAAAUUGUGGAAGAACAGAUGCAUGACAUUGGGGUUUCUCACAGAAACUAUGGAGUCCUUCCAAUCCAUUUGCAACUGAUGGGUGAAUCUUUGGCGCACACCCUCCAAGGGCUGCUAGGAAGCUCCUUCACCCCAGCCACAAAACAAGCCUGGAAAGAUAUCUUUGGGUUCUGGUCUACUUCCAUGAUCCAAGGUGCGAUUGAAGCAUAA